ACAAGCUCCAAACGUAAGAUGCUGUUACCGUAUUAUCAGAGAUGAAAGUUCGAGGAUUAACGAUGAAUUAUCAUAUACAUCCCCGAUGAUUCCGGGGAAACGAUGAGAAAUAAUCGAAGAGAAAGGUACGCGGCUGCGUACCGACGCCGGGCGUCGGAUUUACCUCUGUGAGAUUUGGUCCAUGAGUGAGGCUGCUACAACUGAAGAGAUGAGUUUCAAAUGUAUAUCAACACUGUUUCUAUUCGUUAUUGUUAUAAAUGUUGACGCCACUGGUGAUAAGAUACCAUUGGGUGCAAUCUUUGAGCAAGGAACAGAUGAAGUGCAAACAGCAUUCAAAUUCGCAAUGCUCAACCACAAUCAGAACAUUACUGGAAGAAGGUUUGAACUACAAGCCUACGUGGAUGUCAUCAAUACAGCUGAUGCAUUCAAAUUGUCCAGAUUAAUUUGCAAUCAGUUUCAACGGGGAGUGUACUCAAUGUUAGGUGCAGUGUCUCCAGACUCCUUCGACACUCUGCACUCUUACAGCAACACAUUUCAGAUGCCUUUCGUAACGCCGUGGUUUCCUGAGAAGGUGUUGGCUCCUUCCUCAGGCUUCUUAGAUUAUGCAAUAUCCAUGAGACCAGAAUAUCACCAAGCAAUCAUCGAUACUGUACGAUAUUACAACUGGGAUAAAAUUAUCUAUCUUUAUGACUCCAACGAUGGCCUGUUAAGAUUGCAACAGAUCUACCAAGGCCUGAUGCCAGGAAAAGAAAGUUUUCAAGUAUCUUCCGUGAGAAGAAUUGGAAAUGCCUCCGAAGCCUUGCAAUUUUUGAGGAGACUAGAAGAGCAAGCUCGUUGGGAACACAAGUACAUAGUGCUGGAUUGUACAGCUGAUAUGGCAAAGGAGAUUGUUGUUAGUCAUGUUAGGGAUAUAACUCUAGGAAGGAGAACAUAUCAUUAUCUACUUUCAGGAUUGGUAAUGGAUGACAGAUGGGAGAGCGAAGUCAUCGAAUAUGGAGCCAUAAACAUAACAGGAUUUCGCAUUGUCGACAGCACCAAAAAACACGUGAAGGAAUUCCUGGAAGAAUGGAAGAAAUCCGAUCCCAUGUCAGCUCAAGGAGGCAAAGAUAACAUUUCGGCACAGGCAGCAUUUAUGUACGAUGCCGUGUUCGUACUGGUUGAAGCUUUCAGCAAACUUCUGAGGAAGAAACCGGAUGGUUUCAGGAGUACUACGAGAAAAGGACAGACAUUCAGUAAUGGAACUAGGGGUGUAGAUUGCAACACGUCCGGAGGUUGGGUAACUCCUUGGGAACAUGGAGAUAAGAUUUCAAGGUUAUUGAGGAAGGUUGAAUUAGAGGGUUUAACAGGCGAGAUUCGGUUCAGUGAAGAUGGAAGAAGACAGAAUUAUACUUUGCACGUGGUGGAGAUGACAGUUAAUAGCGCUAUGGUCAAAGUUGCAGAGUGGAGUGAUGACACUGGUUUCACUCCUGUCGCAGCUAAAUACAUCCGAUUGAAGCCGCCUGUGACAAUUGAACGCAAUAAGACUUACAUCGUUACAACCAUCGUGGAGGAGCCCUACAUAAUGCUGCGCCAAGCAGAACCAGGAAAAAUUCUCAAUGGAAAUGACAGAUUCGAAGGAUACUGCAAGGAUUUAGCGGAUCUCAUAGCGAAAAGGCUAGGAAUAAAUUAUGAAUUGCGAAUAGUUAAAGAUGGAAAAUAUGGAACUGAGAAUCCUGAUGUUAAAGGAGGUUGGGAUGGAAUGGUGGGAGAAUUAGUAAGACAGGAAGCCGAUCUUGCAAUAGCACCAAUGACUAUAACAUCGGAACGUGAAAGAGUUAUCGACUUCACUAAACCUUUCAUGUCCCUGGGAAUAUCCAUAAUGAUCAAGAAACCCAUGAAGCAACAAUUGGGCGUAUUCAGCUUCCUGAACCCGUUCUCCAAAGAGAUUUGGGUAUGCGUCAUAUUCAGCUUCGUUGGAGUAAGCAUCGUCUUGUUCACCGUCUCUAGGUUCUCACCUUAUGAAUGGCGUCUUCUUCAUCUGACUGGAGAACACCACGAGAUUUCUGGUGCUCAUGGAGGCCACGGAGGAUCCAUGGCUAACGAUUUCACCAUGAUGAAUUCGUUGUGGUUCUCUCUGGGGGCUUUCAUGCAGCAAGGAUGCGAUAUAUCACCUAGGUCAACGUCUGGAAGAAUAGUGGGUGCUGUUUGGUGGUUCUUCACCUUGAUACUGUUAUCUUCCUACACUGCCAACUUGGCAGCUUUCUUAACAGUUGAAAGAAUGGUCACUCCUAUCAAUUCGGUAGAGGAUUUGGCACAUCAGAACGAAGUGGAGUAUGGUACAUUAGCUGAUGGUGCAACCUACGAUUUCUUCAAGAGAUCGCAAAUAUCUCUAUACACCAAAAUGUGGGAGUUCAUGAACUCCAGAAGUCAUGUUUUCGUCAAAUCAUACGACGAAGGUAUCAAUAGAGUUCGACAGUCCAAAGGAAAAUAUGCAUUGCUCAUAGAAUCACCGAAGAACGAAUACAUCAACCUACAGAAACCUUGCAAUACCAUGAAAGUUGGGAGCAAUCUCGACGCUAAAGGAUUUGGUGUCGCUACUCCUUUGGGAUCACCUUUGAGGGACGCCGUAAAUCUAGCAGUACUUUCUUUGAAAGAAAAUGAGGAACUGACUAAACUAACGAACAAAUGGUGGUAUGACCGUUCACAGUGUUCGAAUGAAAAGCAGGAUGCUACAAGAAGUGAGCUUUCUUUAAGCAACGUAGCAGGCAUAUUUUAUAUUCUUAUCACAGGACUUCUUUUGGCGUUAUCUGUUGCUCUUAUAGAGUUUUGCUACAAAUCACACACAGAGGCAACAAGAGCCAAAAUACCCUUGAGCGAUGCCAUGAAAGCCAAGGCACGCCUUACCAUCGGAGUAGGCAGAGAUUAUGACAAUGGAAGGUAUUACACUCCUGCAAACCAAAUAGCUGGUGGAAAUGAACAAGAGCAAGCACAUAGUAACACACAUACGCAGGUGUAAACUUCGAAUAGGUCAUGAAUAUAAGUUGUCGAAAUAUUGUUAACUGAUAUUCUUCGGAUUGUAAAUAUGGAAAAAAAUCCUAGUUGGAUGCAAUGCAAGCCUGCAUAUUUUAAAUCGGAUAUGCUGU